AUGAUGAUGCUGCGAUCUACUACUACUAUUGCUGCAGUUCUAUGGCUCUGUGUGUCGGUGGAUGCCUUUUUGGGUCCUCAACAACGGCAACAACAACACCCGUCCAGUGUGCUGCAGUCAGUUCCGGAAACCACGGAAGACCCCUGCUGGCAAGACUUGUACGAUGAGGACUGUGCCAUGAGCAGUGUCUAUUCGGCUUCCUUUGUGGCUGGAAAGUGGAUCAAAUCCAUGCCUUGUGCAAAAGGAUUGGAUGAGGACUGUGACAUGGGUGACUUGGAUGUCCCCGAAAUGCGUCCCGAAGCCGGAGUAGACAAUGUGGAUGUCAUGGGCUUUUUGGGUCUCAAAAAGGCAGAGCCCGUACAAAAAUCAGACGAGGAUGAAGUGGCUCCUUAA